AUGCCCCAGAGGGGCCACCCAUCUCAAAAGGGGCUCUGGUCCCUGCCUGGCCUCCUCAUGGCACAUGAGCCACAGCCUGAGGCUGAUGGGCUAUUGGAUCUCAGCUUCCUGACAGAGGAGGAGCAAGAGACUAUUGCCAAGGUCCUGAAGCGAGAUGCCCACCUGCGCCAGCUGGAGGAGGGACGGGUCAGCAAGCUCCGGACAUCGCUGGCAGACCCUGGGCAGCUGAAGAUCCUUACAGGGGACUGGUUCCAGGAAGCACGCUUCCAGCGGCACCACCACACCCACCUUGGCUCUGACCUUGUUCGUGCCUCCAUCCGCAGGAAGAAGGGCUCCAGGGGGGACCAGGCUCAGGGCAGCGAUGGGGAGGCUGAAGCUGCUGGGAAAGAGACCGAAGAGGCGCUGGAGCUCAGGCUCCCCAUGGACGAGGCCCCCCAAGAGAGGUUCAGCGAGGCUGAGGGACCUGAUUUCCCCUCACCAUAUGUCCCCCCAAAGGCUUCAGAUCAUGAGGAGGAGCCCCAGGCCCAAGAAGCCCCUGGCCCCGGGGGCGUUCAGGCCUUCGCCGCCGAGGAGGCUGACCCUGAGCUGGAGCCUCCGUCGAGGGGAGAGGAGGAGCCGCAGCCCCCGCCUGCCCAGACCCAGGAGGUGUCCGAGAUCCUGGAGAAUGGGGAGGAGGCCCCGGGGCCCGACCUGUCACUCGACCGCGUGCUCAGCAGCAGCUCCUCCACGCUGAGCAGCAGCCAAAUGAGCCUGUCCGGGGAGGCGGAGGCGGGCGCGGUGCAGGUGCGCGGCUCCCUGUACUUCGCGCUGCGCUACGAGCCUGGUGCCGCCCAGCUGCGCGUGCACGUGAUCCAGUGCCAGGGCCUGGCCGCCGCCCGGCGCCGCCGCUCCGACCCCUACGUCAAAAGCAAACUCCUCCCAGAUAAGCAAAGCAAGCGCAAGACCUCAGUGAAGAAACGGAAUCUGAACCCGGUCUUCAAUGAGACUCUCUGGUACUCCGUCCCGCAGGCCGAGCUCAGGGGCCGCGUACUGAGCCUGUCCGUGUGGCACCGCGAAAACCUGGGUCGCAACAUCUUUCUGGGCGAAGUCGAAGUGCCCCUGGACACGUGGGACUGGGACUCCGAGCCCACCUGGCUCCCCCUGCAGCCCCGGGUCCCGCCCUCUCCCGAAGACCUUCCCAGCCGCGGACUGCUCUCUCUGUCCCUCAAGUACGUGCCCGCUGGCUCUGAGGGUGCAGGACUGCCCCCAAGUGGGGAGCUGCACUUCUGGGUGAAGGAAGCUCAGGACCUCGUGCCUCUGCGCCCAAGAUCCCUGGAUACCUACAUACAAUGUUUGGUGCUGCCUGAUGACAGCCAGGCCAGCCGCCAACGGACAAGGGUGGUGCGACGCAGCCUCAGCCCCACGUUCAAUCACACCAUGGUUUAUGAUGGCUUCGGUCCUGCUGACCUGCACCAGGCCUGUGCUGAGCUCUCUCUCUGGGACCAUGGGCCCCUGGCCAGUCGCCAGCUGGGGGGCACACGCCUCAGUCUGGGCACCGGCAGCAGCUAUGGGCUCCAGGUGCCCUGGAUGGACUCCACACCUGAGGAGAGGCAGAUGUGGCAGACCCUCCUGGAGCGGCCAUGUGAGUGGGUGCAUGGCCUUCUGCCCCUCAGAACGAACCUGGCCCCCAGGACAUAG